AUGCCCAAUGAGCAGCCUAGACGCCAAGGGACAUGGCCCCCAGCGGCAGACCCGCUCAUUGACGCGUCGGGCAUCGCAGCACCUACCGUAGCCGACACGCACGACCACACCGCCGUCCCCGCCGCCGCCUCCCCAGGCCCCUCCUCGCGCCGCAGCUCCAACGACACGUCACUUCGCAACGAUGGCAUCGCGCGCCCGCCCUUCCCGUCGCUGAGCACUGGCCCAGCGCGCAAGUGGAGCAUCCCUACCGCUCUCGCGCUCGACGUCGACGCCAAGGCUGCACCCUCGCCCUCGAGCCCGGUACAAGGUGAUGCCGAGACGUUUGUCACUCACUCGCCCAUCACACCAACAACAACCGAGUCAAACGUGCACCGCCGCCGCAUGUCUGUCGGCCCCGGUGCCCCGGUCCUCGGCAGACGGCGCAGCUGGCAGACGUUAGUUGAUCGCUCCUCGGCUGCUGGCGACGUCCCCACGCACGGUCCCAACGUCUCUCCACCACGCGCCUCGUUUGACGCCCAUCGCACCGCGGCAGCAAGUGGUGUUACCGAGCCGCCGCCUUCACCCAUGGCCGGCGAGUACACGACACCCAGUGACACGCAAACAACACACGAACACGUUCCAAAACAACCUCGCAGGAAACACUGGCCAUCGCUCUCCGACACACCUGGCAUGAUGGGUCCUCCUACCCCCGAACCCCUCCCUCAAGACCCCUACCACCUACUCCCUCUGUCGACCCCACCGACCGGGCGAACGCCUGUGGCAUCUCCCAGCGCAGUAUCCGACGCUGCAACCGACUACAUUGGAUUGAUGGAUGCCAGCAGUGACGACUGUGCUCCCCCACGCGCGAGCACGAGCAGCCCACGAACUUCCACUUCGACGUCGAGCUCGAGAUGGGAGCAGCGCGCAUACUCGCAGAGCAGCGGGUCGGAGGACGACGAGGAUGUCCCUCAGGCUCCUUCCUGGUGGUUCCGGUCACACGACGGCACUUCAAGCUCCAGAGUCACGGCCAGCCUCCUCCCCUCGGCGCCGCGGUUAUUGCCGAUUGGCACGAGACACUGGGGUUGGCUGCUUGGUCCGUUACAUCGCGUGCUCCCGGCCACAGCAACGGAAGCCUCCGCCGCUCCCAAGCGCCGCUCGUCCAAGAGACGGAAAGCGCAGCUUUCCGAGAAGGAAAAGGCCGUCGACGAGCCCUGGUGGUCUCCGGCAAAGAAUGUCCGACUAUUGCGACACUUUGUGCGAAACGAGCCCUGGGGAGUAACCCUCUUCGUGGCCUGCUUCUUGCUCUUCGCACUGCUCCUGACAUGUACUCUAAAGUACCUCCUCGACCCCGACAAACGAGCGCUCCCCUUCAGGGAGUACUGCACAGCAAACUAUCCCACCCUCUACUCGCUCCAGGACAAGAACCCCUUCUUGACGCCUCUGACGCCGUCCGACGAUUUAUGGCCGUACCCUGGGCGCCAACAACCACCAUACGCCGAUGGUCGCGGUUUCAGCAUCGACAGCAUGGAGCCAACUAGCUUGCUCCUCGGCAUCUUUACCUACGAUAAGGGUCACGCUCGGCGUGAUCUCGUCCGGCAAACGUACAUGACCCAUGCUCGGUCCCGUCGUCCGGGGACUGAAGGUGUCAGCGUCAAGUUCAUCAUGGGGCGUCCUCGUCCCGAGCUGAGCGAUGCGAUCGCACUGGAGCAAGAGGCGCACAAUGACAUUAUCAUCCUCGACAUUGACGAGAACAUGAACUCUGGCAAGACUCACGCCUACUUCACCUGGGCAGCCGAGAACGCCACGGUGCCAGACUACGAGUACCCGACUCAUCCUCGGUCCAAGGAGAGCGAAGCCGAGUUUGCAUUGCAGGCGGCUGCCGGCGGCUCGACCAAGCCCAUCUACCGUGGUGAUAAGCGCCCCGACUAUGUGCUCAAGGCCGACGACGACGCGUUCCUCAUGCUUGGCGAGCUGGAGCGGCAUUUGAGAGCGUCUCCACGCCGCAAGGCUUUCUGGGGCUACCUUGUGCGCGACCUGUUCAUGGCUGGCGAGUGCUACGGCAUGUCGUGGGACCUGGUCCGGUACAUUGGCGACACACCGUCUCUGAACAACAUGAUUGUCGGCAAGGAGGACAAGCUCACAUCCAGUUGGAUGAGACUGCACCCGCAGGCCAAGGAGAUUGUCUGGGUCACGGACCGGUGUGGCAUUUACGACCACCCGAAGGCUGGCACUGUCUACUCUCACGGCUUCCUCUUCCCGGACGAGAUUGCCCGCAUCCGGAACGAGCAGUUGCACGGUAUCCCGUCUUCGGUCGUGGGCCAGCGAGGAGGGACGCACUACAAGGCAAGCGCCUAUUCGACCGUGUCCGAGUUUGGCACCAAGUACCGCCCGCCUGUGCUCAACCUCGAGCUCAACGAGACGGAGCGGGUCGAGGCGUUGAUCGAGGGCAGUACGCUGAGCAAGCUGCGGGACGAACCGGACGCCCGAUGGACGACGACUCGCGGUGAAGUCGAGGCUUUGAUGGCGCAGAGGCCAUCUCACCAUGACCGCUUCUUGGACGAGAGCGAGUACGGUGGGACGAUCCUGGUUCACUUCCUGAAGAAGGCUGAGUGGUUCAAGGAGGCGGCGGCGGCGUUCCUCGGGGACGCGUAGAGAUAGAGGGGAGGGGAGGAAGGGGAUUGUAUUGUAUUGUCGGCAUGACACCCGUGUAGGCUGUA